AUGGUAUUAAAGUUGAGAGUUUCAGGGUCAUGGUUGAAUCUGUGGAAUAAUUCUAUCUACAGAGGGACACCUAGUUUCCGCCUUGCCAGCAAGCUUAAAAAACUGAAAGAAGAAAUUACAGUGUGGGUUAAAGAAGUGGACAGGGUGGAGAAUGGUCUAAUCAGUGAUCUCAUGAAGGAAAAUGGUAUUCUUGAUAAGCAGGAUGGUGAGCUGGGCUUAUCUGCUACUGACAGAGAAAGAAGGAAUAAUCUUAAACUUGAGUUAGCCUCCAAACUCAAUCUGGAAGCUAUUUCUUGGAAACAAAAUGGUAGGGAAAAAUGGCUCAAAGAAGGCGAUAAAAAUACUAAAUAUUUUCACUGCCUGGCCAACUACCGCAGAAGUAUAAAUUAUGUUGAGGAACUUUUUAUUGACAAUUCCAGAAUUGAGGGCAACAACGAUAUGAGGGACAGUGCUCGCAAUUGUUUCCAAAAUUUGUUCACCGAAGAUUGUUCUUGGAGACCGAAAUUGGAUAAUUGCCUUUUUAACAGAUUGGAUGAGGCUGAUGUUUCCCUACUUGAAGCUGAAUUUUCUGAAAUGGAAGCUUAUGAUUGUCUUAUGAGCUGUGAGGGUGAUAAAGCUCCAAGUCUAGAUGGUUUUAACACGAAAUUUCUUCAACUGUUUUGGGGUGUGGUUAAGAAAGAUAUCAUGGAUUUCUUCAUGGAUUUCCACAAGAACUCCUCCUUUGUCAAAUCUCUGAAUGCUAUUUUAUGGUUUGAUUCCAAAAAGGAAGAAUGCUUAAAAAAUUAA